AUGGCCUGGCGAGCCCCACACUCACUGCUACUGCUGCUGCUGCUGCUGUUCCCAGGCUCUCAGGCACGAUCCAAGGCUCAGGUACUUCAAAGUGUGGCAGGGCAGACGCUGACCGUGAGAUGCCAGUACCCGCCCACAGGCAGGUUGUACGAGAAGAAAGGUUGGUGUAAGGAGUCAUCAGCACUCCUGUGCAUCAGGUUAGUCACCAGCUCCAAGCCCAGGACAGUGGCUGGGACCUCUCGAUUCACAAUCUGGGAUGACCCUGCUGCUGGCUUCUUCACUGUCACCAUGACUGAUCUGAAAGAGGAAGACUCAGGACACUACUGGUGUAGAAUCUACCGCCCUUCUGACAACUCUGUCUCUAAGUCCGUCAGGUUCUAUCUGGUGGUAUCUCCAGCCUCUGCCUCCACACAGACCUCCUGGGCUCCCCGCAACCUGGUCUCUUCACAGACCCAGACCCAGACCUCCUGGGCUCCCCACAACCUGGUCUUUUCACAGACCCAGACCCAGAGCUGUGUGCCUCCCACUGGAGGAGCCAGAGAAGACCCUGAGUCUUCAGCUACCGUCACUGUCCCUUCACAGUCACAGAACUCCACACUCCACCCUGGCCCUGCAGCCCCCAGUGCCCUGGUCCCUGUGCUCUGUGGACUCCUCGUAGCCAAGAGCCUGGUGCUGUUGGCCCUCCUCGUCUGGUGGUGAGUGUGGAAUCGGCAUGUGCAGCAUCAAGGGAGGUCUCUGCUGCACCCAGCUCAGCCCAGGCCCCAGGCCCAUAGACACUUCCCACUGAGCCACAGGACCUCAGGGGGAACAUAUGGGGGGAAACCCUGA